AGACCACCGUCACUAUGGCUGCAGGAGACGCGUUAUGAAAUAAUUGUGCAGGACUAGUUUUAUUUGCUGGAUGUGAAAUGGCCAAAAUGUACCAUCGGGAGAAAAGCAUUCAGCUAAAGAGCAGCGCCUCGGCACUCUACAACAACCUGAGUGUGCUGCGCUUGGCACCUCGGUCUCUUACCCACUUCACUGUGGUACAUGGCAAUGUGGUAAACCUGGUGAGCGCAUCCUGGGAUGGCCUUAACUACUCGCACCGACAGCUCCAGUCCAAAGAGGGCAAUGUAGCCACCAGCUCGUCGCUUAUUAUGCAGGCAGCAUGGUGUGUUCUACCAUCCAGAGAUCUUCUUGUUGUUGCUUCUCAAAAAGGAAUUCAGAUGUAUGAGUCUGAUGGAUCCAUUAUGGUAUACUGGCAUGCACUGGACACCCCAGAGACCCCCACAGCUAAAGCCGUUUUUGCACGUGGGAUUGCUGCUGUGAGAGACAAAUACAUCUGUGUAGGGAUCUCCUCUGGAGCAUUGCUGGUGUUUGAUGUUCCCAGUAAAGGAAGCAACAUCACACUGUCUGAAGUGUUAGAGGAACACACAGAAGCUAUCACAGACAUGGCAUCAGAGUGCUCUGGCAGUACGGAGUGCAUAGCUGAUUUGGUGAGUGCUGAUGACUCAGGUCUUCUCUGUGUUUGGAAGUCUGGAGGGGACUUCCAGCUCCUCAACAAGAUCACAGGAUUUGACAUCAGCUGCUCAUCAGUGAAGCUGUGGAAAGGGACGGUUAUAGCAGCCUACGGUACAGGACAAAUCCGUCUUUAUGAGGGGGUCACUGGGAUACUGCAUGCUGAAGUUAAUGCCCAUGCUCGCUGGAUCUACUCUCUUGAUAUUGCUCCUUUCACAGGGCUGCUGCUGUCAGCCGCUGAGGACUCAUUUGUUCGUGUGUGGCAUUUAAGCCUGCCCCCAGAAAACAACAGCGUGGAGAUCGAGCACCUGUACAAUGAAUGUGUGACCGACACGCAAAUCUGCGGUGCCAAGUUCUGUGAUGGUGACGGCUAUGCUUUUGCUGUUACGGGCUACGACCUGAGUGAGAUCAUCCGCUACACUCAGUCUUAAACAACAUGCUCUGAGCCAGGGAUAGCUCAGUGGUUAAGGUACUGGACUAGUAAACAGAAGGUUCCCGGUUCAAGCCCCGCCACCACCAAGUUGCCACUGUUGGGUCCCUGAGCAAGACCCUUAACCCUCAAUUGCUCAUUGUGUAAGUCGCUUUGGAUAAAAGCGUCUGCUAAAUGCUGAAAGUGUAAAAUGUAAAUGCUCUUCUUCUCAAGCUUCCAGGAGCCCAGGCCUGGACUGUGUUAGAGUGCUGGUAGAGCUUAUAUGUUCGUCUGUGAUUGUGUGCAUUACAGCUACAGGAAGGCUGUCGACUAACCUGUCACCAGUACGUAGUGUUCUGUGUUCUGUAGUGGAAGCUGAACAUCGGGUCUAAACAGGUCUGGGAAUUUUGUCGUUAUGAUUAUCUCAGCUGCUUGUUGGUCUGUGGAUGGCAGUGUUCACACUUGGGAAAAUUACAAUUACACUAGACCUCUAUUGCUGGAUCCAGGGUUUAAAUCCACAUUGGUGCUAUUGCCGUCUACUUACAGACAUAAGUCGCUACGCCGAGGCCCUGCAAUGGAUUAUCCUGCCCUAAAAAUGUGCAAAUUAAAUGAAAUGUUACUUCUGAAAACAUGAAAACAAUGCAUAAUUAAAUUAGUCUUUAUACAGGGUGUCCCCAUGCCACAAAGUUUUUCUACUUCUGGGAUGAAACAGUCUUAUCAUAAUAUUAUCUUAAUAAUGUCUUCAAAAGAUUUACUUUCUUAGCAUACAGU